UAUCCCCACUUAUGUUAACACAAUAUCUAUCCAAACGUAUUGUGCGCGUACAUAAGUUCGAUGUACUUGCUGUUAUCUUUAGUCGCUUCUUCGCUUGAUUACUGAAUGAGACGAGUAAGGAUGGCUCUCAAAUUUGCUAGCAAUCUUUCUUUUAUGUUUCAAGAAGCUCCAUUACUUAUUGAUAGAUAUCAAUUAGCUAAAGAUGCAGGUUUUAAGGCCGUGGAAAGUGGGUUUCCACUUGGAUUUACUGUACAGCAAGUCGCAGAGGCUAAACACAAUGCUAAUAUUCAUCAAGCUCUUAUCAAUGUAUAUACAGGUGAUACAACGAAAGGAGAGCUUGGAUUUGCUGCAAUUCCAGGAAAAGAAAAAGAAUUUGAGAAUUCUAUCGAACGUACUAUAGAAUAUGCAAAAGCAUUAGAUUGCAAGAAAAUUCAUGUUAUGGCUGGAAAAGUGGAAGAACGUACAUCUGCUAACGACACAGUAUAUGAGAAAAAUUUAAGGUAUGCAGCAAGCAGAUUUGCAUCCGAAAAUAUUGUCGGUCUCAUCGAACCAAUAAAUAGUAUAACCAUACCUACUUAUUAUAUGAAUAGUUUCCAAAAAGCUGUGGAAAUUAUCCAAAAGAUUAAUAGUCCAAAUUUAAAAUUACUCAUAGAUAUUUUUCAUUUACAACUUUCUACUGGAAAAAUUUCACACACUAUUGAAAGGUGUUUUCCUUAUAUCGGUCAUUUUCAAAUAGCGCAAGUACCAGAUAGAAGCGAGCCAGACACAAUUGGUGAAAUAGAUUAUAGAUACAUAUUUUCAUUAUUAGAGAAACAUGGAUACACCGACUAUAUUGGCCUGGAAUAUAAGCCAAGAUCGGGUACCGUUGAAGGCCUUAAGUGGAUUAACCAAUUUGGAUUCAGCUUAUAAAUAAAUUGUACAUUUACGUUGUAUAAAUAUUAUUGUA